AAAACGCCGCCGCCUGGAGGAAGCCCAGGACCUUUCAAGUUGGCGGCGGCCUGGGCUCCGCGCGGGGCAGGGGCGGCAGGUUUUCUCACUGGAUCUCUGAAUACCCAGGCCCCCUCCACUAUGGCCAGCCGGGGUGGGGGCCGAGGUCGUGGCCGGGGCCAGCUGACCUUCAACAUGGAGGCUGUGGGCAUUGGGAAGGGGGAUGCUUUGCCCCCACCCACUCUGCAGCCCUCUCCACUCUUCCCUCCCCUGGAGUUUCGCCCAGUCCCUCUGCCCUCGGGAGAGGAAGGGGAGUAUGUCCUGGCAUUGAAGCAAGAGCUACGAGGAGCCAUGAGACAGCUCCCCUACUUCAUCCGGCCAGCUGUCCCCAAGAGAGAUGUGGAGCGGUAUUCAGACAAAUACCAGAUGUCAGGUCCGGUUGACAAUGCCAUCGACUGGAACCCUGAUUGGCGGCGUCUACCCCGGGAGCUAAAGAUCCGAGUGCGGAAGCUACAGAAGGAACGGAUUACGAUUCUUCUCCCGAAGAGGCCUCCUAAGACCUCGGAAGACAAGGAGGAGACGAUACAGAAGCUAGAGACCCUGGAGAAGAAGGAGGAAGAAGUCACUUCAGAGGAAGAUGAGGAGAAGGAAGACGAAGAAGAGAAGGAAGAGGAGGAGGAAGAAGAAUAUGAUGAGGAAGAGCAUGAAGAGGAAACUGAUUACAUCAUGUCCUAUUUUGACAAUGGAGAGGACUUUGGGGGUGACAGUGAUGACAAUAUGGAUGAGGCUAUCUACUGAAGAAGGACUCGGACCCCUGUAUGUUUCUUGAGGAUGCAGAGAGUAGCUGUCCCUGUUAUUUGGUUUUCCAGACAAACAAAUCAUUUGGUCAGAGUUCACGUCAUCUGUCCGGUCCCUGGAGAUGGGCUGGAGGAUGAUGACAGUUUCUUUUCUCUGCCUCCCCUCCUUCCACAUUUGCAUCACCUCUGAUAUCUUGAGGAAAGUGCAAAGGACAAAUAUCUCAAUUGCAUGGAGAAAGGAGAAUUGAAAGAAGAACUAGGGUUGUGAGAGCUGAGAUGGCUUUACCGCUCCCCAAUUUGUGUAGCUCUUUGUGGAGAGCAUUAGGGACGGGAGCAGUUUGAAGGAGUAAGACUGGUUUUAUAUUUUUAAAUAAAGUGUUUUUCUCUGUC